AUGGUCACUUUGAUCAAUUACAGAUUAAAGGUCGUUUUAAACGACGGAAGAUCUUUAGUCGGUCAAAUGUUGGCAUAUGACAAACAUAUGAAUUUCGUCCUGGCUGAAUGUGAAGAAUUUAGAACGGUCAAAGUGACAAAAGACGCUCCUCCGAACGAACCCACUCCUACAGUCCAACAAAAACGUACACUCGGAUUGGUCAUUCUUCGCGGCGAAACAAUAGUCUCGGUAACAGUUGAGGGUCCUCCACCUGCACCACAAGAGGAUAAGACGGUAGCUGCUGGUCCAGGACGAGGUAUGCCAGCUGGACGUGGGAUGCCUCUGGGAGCGGGUAAGUCUUAA